AUGUUGUUGACAGUGCAUCGCCGAUUGUGUGAUUUGAUGGGAAGUGAUGAGCCUUUUGGGGGAGUAUCCGUCCUUGCUGUUGGGGAUCUUCUACAGCUACCUCAUGUAGCACAAAAACCAGUGUUUUCACCACCAUCAGAUCAGCUUGCUGCAAUAUAUGGAUCUCUUUGGUGUAAUCAUUUCAAAAUCAUUGAACUCACAGAAAGUCAGAGACAAAAAGAUGACACUCAGUUUGCCAACAUACUGAAUAGAGUUAGAACUGGAUCACAGACAUCAGACGACCUUGCUACUUUGUCAUCCAGAGAAAUUGACAAAACUUCCCCAUUAUAUCCAACAGACGCAACACAUAUCUUUGCAUACAACAGACAUGUUGAUGAACAUAAUGCUGCCAAGUUGGAAACUAUGGAUAAGCCAGUGUACAUCUUCAAAGCAGAAGAUUCCAAAAAGGAUGAUCAAACUGCCAGCAUUGACACCAGUACAUUAAAAGAUAUGGCAGGAGGAUUACCUACCAAAGUCUCCCUGGUGCAAGUGUCAUGUUGA